AUGCUUCUUCCUUCUGCGCUCCCAUGCGACCGCUCCGGUCGGGGCAUGGUCUCGCCGCCCGCGAGCCCGCCCAAGCUCUCAACGACAGUCACCUUUGCCGCCCCCCCGACGAGCUGCUUCACUCUACAGAGCCUCAUGGCCAGCGCCGCCGCCGAGCACCAAGCGCAACAACAGCAACUUGACCAUGGCUACAACUACAACCAACAACACGACAGCCAUGCGCAACAUCAUCUCCAGUCAUACUUUGGCGGCGCGUUGCUGCCCCAGCCGCCGCCCACGCCGCCCACGGCUCACGCUCCGUCGCCCAUGAAGCUGCGUCUGCGCACAAACUUCCGCGAGGAUGGCCCCCGCGGCAUCGUCAAGCGCACCGCGCCGCCUCGGCACAAGCGCACCCUCUCAUCGGAGAGCAGCAGCAGCAGCAGCAGCGAUAGGGAAAAGACUCCUGAGCCGCCCACCACACCCAAGCGCUCACGCAUCGCCCCGGAGCGUAUGCCGCUCGGCCUUGCCCGCGCCGACUUUCACAACUUACACGAGGCCUCAACACCACCACCAUUCCAAGACGACAGCAGUGCCGCAGAGUGGACGACAGAGGAUGAUGGCAUCCUCGUCGAGCUCGUCCUUGAAAAACUCAAGCUCUCCAAAGCGGACUGGCAGGACUGCGCGCGCAGCCUUGGCAAGGACAGACACGCCCUGGCUCGCCGAUGGAAAAGCCUGGUCCUCAACGACGACGUUGGCCUGAAGCGCCGCAAGGUUCCGUCGACGUGGCGAUGA